AUGAGUGAUAUCAAAAAGACACUCGAUGUUGGUGGCAACUGUAUCUUGGAAAUGCCCUCGGGGACAGAGAUUGAAAAGGCUUUAAUUGAGUUGCACAAGUUGAUGGAGUAUAGGGCGAGUGAGCUUGGAUAUGUGGAGGAUUUUCGAGGGUUAGGAUUGACUAGUAGAAAGAAUCUAUGUUUGAACCCCUUGAUAUCUAGGGAAAAGAAGGGGAACGUUGUAGACGAAAUGUGUCGAAGGGUGACGAAUGGGCAGUUGAAGGAGAAAAUUGAUCGAGGGGUAGUGACGCCGUUGAUGCAAGAAAAGGAGCCCGAAAAGUACUCUCUUUGUCUGUUUCACGAGAACUUGAAUGAUAUGGACCAGCAUAACUUGAUUCCUGAAGGAGUUUACUCAUUUGAUGCGUUGAUAAAGUAUUGUAAGCUGAUAGGCACGUGUCCGUAUUUCACCGUGCGUAGGAUGAUUCCAUUUUGCAACAUCAUCAUCUACUCCUAUCAUUAUUUAUUAGAUCCCAAGAUUGCCGAAAGAGUUUCUAAAGAGUUAUCAAAGGACAGUAUUAUUAUAUUUGAUGAGGCGCAUAAUAUUGAUAAUGUUUGUAUUGAGUCGUUGUCCUUGGACUUGACCGAGGAUGCAUUAAAGAGGGCGACACGAGGCGCGAACAAACUAGCAGAGGCGGUGGACGAGAUGAAAAUCCAGGAUAGCGAGAAGCUUCAGAAUGAAUAUGAGCAAUUGGUGAAAGGGUUGCGUCAGUCGGAGGCUGAGCGUAACGAGGAACUUUUCAUGUCCAACCCAAUUCUUCCGCAAGAUUUGCUCGAUGAGGCUAUACCUGGCAAUAUUAGGAAAGGAGAGCAUUUUAUUGCAUUUUUGAAAAGGUUUAUCGAAUACCUAAAGAUGAGGAUGAAGGUAUUGCAUGUUAUCAGUGAAACCCCAACGAGUUUUCUACAGCAUUUGAAAGAGCUUACGUAUAUAGAUCGAAAACCGUUGCGGUUUUGCUCAGAGAGACUUUCAUUAUUAGUGAAAACAUUGGAGUUGAAUGAGAUUGAAGACUUUAAUGCGUUGAAAGAUAUUGCGACAUUUGCCACACUAGUGUCCACCUACGAUACUGGGUUCCAAAUGAUUUUAGAGCCCUUUGAAACUGAGGGAAGUACGGUUCCCAACCCGAUUCUACAUUUUACGUGCUUGGAUGCUUCUAUUGCGAUAAAGCCAGUUUUUGAUAGGUUUUCAUCUGUUAUCAUCACUUCAGGUACCAUUUCGCCAUUGGAUAUGUAUCCGAAAAUGUUGAAUUUUGAAACGGUUAUUCAGGAGUCGUAUGCGAUGACGUUAUCGAGGCGUGCGUUUUUGCCAUUGAUUAUCACCAAGGGUAGUGACCAGCUAGCAUUAUCGUCUCGAUUCGAGAUUAGGAAUGAUCCAUCCGUUGUGAGGAACUAUGGAUCUCUUUUGAUUGAGUUUUCCAAAAUCACUCCUGAUGGCAUGGUUGUGUUUUUCCCAUCGUAUCUUUACAUGGAAUCCAUUAUUUCAAUGUGGCAGACCAUGGGUGUGUUGGAUGAAGUAUGGAAGCACAAGCUUAUUCUAGUUGAAACACCGGAUGCACAAGAGACCUCGCUAGCAUUAGAGACGUAUCGGAAAGCAUGUUCAAAUGGGAGAGGAGCAGUAUUGUUAUCUGUUGCCCGAGGAAAAGUGUCUGAAGGGAUUGAUUUUGAUCAUCAUUACGGGAGAACAGUAUUGAUGAUUGGUAUACCCUUCCAGUAUACAGAGUCGAGGAUAUUAAAAGCGAGGUUGGAGUUUAUGCGAGACCAUUUACAGAUUAAGGAGAAUGACUUUCUUUCAUUCGAUGCGAUGAGACAUGCUGCACAGUGUUUAGGAAGAGUUCUUCGUGGGAAAGAUGAUUAUGGUGUUAUGGUUUUAGCCGAUCGAAGAUUUGCUCGAAAGAAGGUGCAACUUCCAAAAUGGAUUGCACAGGCUUUAAAUGAUUCAGAUACGAACUUGUCCACCGAUAUGGCGUUGGCAUCGGCAAAGAAGUUUUUACGAAGUCUUGCACAGCCGACGAAUCCAAAGGAUCAAGAAGGAGUAUCUGUGUGGAACCUUUCACAAUUGGAGGAUUACCAAAAACGGUUUGACAAGAUGCAUGUACUAGAGGAUGUUCAGAAAGAUGUUGGUGGAACAGAAAAUAAUGGCGAAGAUUAUAUGGAUAUCGAUGAUGAUGAUUUGGAUUUGUUGUAA